AUGCCCGCCCUCCUCGGCUCGCACCUCUCCCGCACCCUGCGCGCCUUCCAGAUCUACGGCGCAAACACCAACGUCGGCAAGACAAUCUUCUCCACCAUCCUCGCAAAGGCCAGCCGCAGACACUUUCCGGCCGAAAACGUCUUCUACCUCAAGCCCGUGUCCACCGGCGCCCCCGAGGACGCAGACGACGGCCAUGUCGCGCGCUUCACGGACGCGGACGCGGCGGUCCGCGCAGAGUGUCUGCUGCAGUACAGGGACCCUGUCAGCCCGCAUCUGGUCGCGGUCGAGCCGCCCUCGGACGAAUCACUCCUAGCGACGAUCCGGCAGCGCAUAGCGACCUACGGCUGCCGCACAACGACGCCAUCAACGCUCCUCCUGGAGACCGCCGGCGGCGUACACUCGCCCACGCUGUCAGGCACCUCCCAGGCCGACCUGUACCGCCCGCUGCGGCUGCCGGUCCUGCUGGUGGCCGACCCGCGGCUGGGCGGCAUCUCGGCGUCCAUUUCUGCGUUCGAGUCGCUGCACAUGCGUGGCUACGACGUCGAGGGCGUGCUGCUGUUUGGCGAUGCGUAUUACCGCAAUGACGGGUACCUUGGCGAGUAUUUCGCGAAGCGGGGGAUUAGGACUGUUGUUCUCCCGCCGCCGCCGGAGAGGGUGGUGGGGGGGGUGGAGAGGGACCGCGAGGCGAUGAGGGAGUACUAUGAGACGCAGUGCGCGGACGAGGGCGUGCGGGAUAUGCUCGUCGAGCUCGAGAGCCGCCAUGCCCGCCGCAUCGACAAGCUGGCAACGAUGGCGGACGAGGCCGUCAGCACCAUCUGGUACCCGUUCACGCAGCACCAGCACCUCACCGCGGACGCAAUCACAGCCAUUGAUUCUGCGCACGGCGACUUCUUCCAGACAUACAACAACACCAACACACGGGCAGCGAACGAGAAGAACAAGGGGGAUGAUGUUGUGCUGCGCCCGACAUUCGACGGGUCCGGGUCGUGGUGGACGCAGGGCCUCGGCCACGCGAACCCCGAGCUGACGCUGGCCGCCGCAUAUGCGGCGGGGCGGUACGGGCACGUCAUGUUUGCCAAUGCGAUCCACGAGCCCGGGCUUGAGCUUGCAAAGACGCUGCUGGGCACGGGGUGCGAGGUUGCGGUCAAGAUGGGGCUGAGGGCCUCGCGCGCCCGCUAUGCGUGGGACCAUACGCAGCGCGAGGCCGGGGUGAUUGGGCUCAAGGGCAGCUACCACGGCGACACCAUCGGCGUGAUGGACUGCGCGGAGCCGGGGGUGUAUAACAGUGAGGUGGAGUGGUACCGUGGGAGAGGGCAUUGGUUCGAUUUCCCAAAGGUGGGCAUGAAGAAGGGGCGCUGGAUCAUUGAGGUCCCCGAGGAAAUGCGGGACGACCUGGGCCAGGACGUGGCAAUGGAGAGUCUGGCCGACAUUUUCGACCUGCAGCCCAGGGCAAACUCGGAGCUGGGGAGGAAGUACCAGCGCUACAUCCUCAAGACGCUGGAACGCCUCACACAAGCCGAAGGCCGCCGCUUCGGCGCACUCAUCAUCGAGCCCCUCGUGCUCGGCGCCGGCGGCAUGCUCUUCUCCGACCCGCUCUUUCAACACACGCUCGUCGCCACCGUCCGCGCCAACCCCACCCUCUUCUCCCCCGCCCCUACUACCGCCGCCCCAGACGCCACCUCCUGGUCCGGCCUGCCCGUCAUCUUCGACGAGGUCUUCACGGGCAUGUACCGCCUGGGCCGCCUCAGCGCGGCGUCGUUCCUGCAGGCCGAGGCCGACAUCAGCGUGCACGCCAAGCUGCUGACGGGCGGGCUGCUGCCGCUGUGCGCGACGCUGGCGAGCGAGAGCGUGUUUGGCGCGUUCCUGGGCGACGAGAAGAAGGACGCGCUGCUGCAUGGGCAUAGCUAUACGGCGCAUGCCGUGGGGUGCAGUGUUGCGCGGGAGAGCGUGCGCGCGCUGGUGCGCAUGGAUGAGCGUGGGGAGUGGGAGGCGGCGAAGCGGGAUUGGAGGCGGGAGAAGGGGGAGGCGAGGAAGGGGGAGGCGGAGGUGUGGAGUGUGUGGAGGAGGGGGUUUGUGGAGAGGGUGUCGUUUGUCGCGGAUGUGGACAGUGUGUGGGCGCUUGGGAGUGUCCUGGCUGUAAAUCUGAGGGCUGGGGAUAAAGCGGGAUACUCGUCGAACGCGGCGCAGGGGUUCCUGCAGGAGAUGGGUUCUAGGGCGUCGAGGGAGUGGAACGUCCAUGCAAGGGCGUUGGGUAACGUGGUUUAUAUCAUGGCGAGCCAGACGACGGGGGUGAAGACUAUCGAAGUGAUGCAGGAAGAGAUCGUGAAAGCUCUAGGAGCUUGA